AUGUCCUACAGAUAUUUCGAAAAGGAUAUUUUGUCUAUGGAUCUCACAAAAUUGGGAACUAAUUUUCAGGCAGUUUACAUAGAUCCUCCGCUUCUUUUACCAAAAGAAAUUCCAUCACCUGGAAAGAUUACCUUGCAACAAUUUGUAA